AUGCGAGGAGUAACCUCAUGGAUCUGCAAACUCAGUUUGUACUAUCAGUACUCUUUGAAAUCAAAAUUGCACUGCUUUGAACUGAUUCUUUCUCGAAAAACCGAUGGCUGCGAAGACCAACUCUCAAUGAGGAAACUUGAUCAAGAUAAUUUGAAUCGCUUCAUUGGCCUGUCCAUCGAUGGACCCGAGUAUCUUGCAAUUUGGCGAAUGUGUUCCAGAGGAACUCUGCAAGAGUUGAUCUCGAAAGGUUCAUUAUGGUUUGACCCAUUUUUCAUGUUCUGUAUUAUGCGAGACAUUGCUGAAGUAAGUAUUCACAUAAAAUAUCCAGAACAGGUGCAUCUUUCGCCCUUUAAGGGACUGUGUUUCCUUCAUAGCACCUUUGUCGGAUAUCAUGGACGGCUACGUUCGGGAUGCUGUUUAGUCAAUGAUAGUUGGCAAGUCAAAAUAUCCGACUAUGGUACGGAAUCUCUGACGGAGGAAGAGCGAUUAAAACGAAAGCGUAAGGGUCUUCUCUGGAUUGCUCCCGAGCAUCUUAGAGACUCGUUAGCUUCAAAAGAAGGGGACGUCUAUUCAUUUGCGAUCAUCUCAUCAGAGGUGAUUACCCGAAAACCAGCUUGGAAUGUUCACGAAAGGAAAGAAAGCGUUGAUGUUAUUAGAUGUCAGUGUCGAAAAAAAGUAAAAAGUAUAGACAAAAAUGAUAGUUCAUCAGAUCCUGCACAGCUUAAUGACUGUUUGAGGAAAUGA